CAGCAAUAAUUUUUAGUCGUCGUUAAUUUUAAUUUUAAUUUCAUUCAAAAUUCUUUCGAACAUUACUGGGAACAUCCUUGAUGUGAAGAUUUUCCAGGUGUUUAAGAAGAUGAAAAUUUGCUGGCAACGAGCCUGGGGAGUGUGAAGGAUGAGCUAGAGUUUCAUAAUCCAGCUGAGAAGUUUCUGGACGGUAAUGUGCGAAGUGCGCUGUUGGGCGUCGUCGUGCAGCUGUAUGGGUCGUCUUCUAUCGACUCGUGCUGGCUAUAUUUGGUGAAAUUUCCUGUGCCAUCUCGUGCAAGUGUGCCAAAGAUAAACAGGAGGGUCUAAUAGAGGGGCACACCGAACACUGACCGCAGUACAGACGCGCGACGUCUCGUCAACGUAUAGCACAGUGUCCCAGCGACAUGAAGUUUCUCGGAAAGGAGCACGCAUUUGCAUCGUCUCGACGAUCUGUGGUCGAAGCAGCUACCUGCAACUUCGUUUUGAUGCAGAAGACCACCAGAUGAAGCCACGACCUCGGCAUUCUGAUUCGCGCGCGACUACUAUUUUGGCAUUCCCGAACCGCGUGCCGGGAUCAUCCGAAAAAUUUGAAGGUGUCCACCGCAGAGUGGGGGAGAAAGGGCGGAGGGGGAUUAAAUAAGGCAUCGCCUUGUCCGAAAUUCGCCGAAUGUUCAGGUGAUGGAUAUAUAAAGGGACCCAGUGCACGAUACAUCGAGUCAGUGCAACGAGAAGCUCUUGUGGAAGAACCACAUACCUUUUCAACCAGUAACCAAAAAAGACACGAGAAGCAUCAUCAUGAACGGAUUGGUAAUCGUCCUCUUCGCCCUCGCAGCCGUGGCGUCCGCGCUCUCUCCGGUCUCCGUGGAGGUCCCAAUCCCAAUCCUCAGACAGACAGCGGAGGGCCCCAACCCAGACGGCAGCUACAGCUUCAACUAUGAAACCGCGAACGGCAUCCAGGCCCAGGAAGUCGGCUUCCUGAAGGCAGCUGGCACCACUGCCGAGGCCCUGGAGGCUCAAGGUGGCUACACCUACACAGCACCCAACGGUGAGGUGGUCCAGGUGAACUACGUCGCCAAUGAGAAUGGAUUCCAAGCCCAGGGUAGCCACAUCCCACCCAUUCCGCCCCAGAUCCUCAGGGCUCUCGAAUACAUCGCCGCUCAUCCUGAAGAGAACGGUCUCAGCUCUAAAUAAGCCGCCUAGACGUAUCGACCUCGAUACGGAAAGAAAGUCUCCAAGCUUCUUCAAGGUGGUUCCUGAGUCAAAACUUUCAGUGAAGAAGUCCUAAAGCACAACGGACCCGUAAAGCUUUGAAGUUCAACUUUCCGUUUCGGGGUUAUGCUUACAUUUAUACGAGUACCUUGAUAUCCACUUGUUAUUUCAUUAUUCAAAAUUGUAAGGAGUGUUGAGGAGGUUUUGUAAAUAAAGUGUAUGUUGAUACUUUUGUGUUGAUUACUGGAGAUGUUUUUGUGGAGGGAGUUUGUUGUGAAUCUUAAGAGGCUUCAGCUUGAGGGCUAGGUGAGUCUUUGUUUGUUGGUCUUUUA